AUGGCUUCUCGGAAACACGAACUACUCAAAAUGCUAGGCAGCGAGGACGAAUCCGACCGAGGUUACAAUUCCGAGGAGAAUGUGGCGGAGAGCAAAGGCCGAGCCGUGAAGCGGCGCAGGACUGCGGACACCCAAGAUCCCUUCGGACUCGGCUCCGACGAGGAGGAUAGCGAUAUCAACGAAGACUCAGAGGAAGAAUCCCGACCCAAAGGCAAGGGCCGCAAGCAAACGAAGACACACGACACAGACGAGGACGAGGACGAAGAUGAGCUCGAAGCCGAGGAAAUGGACGAUGAGGAAGACGGUGGCGCAAGCCUAGAUGAUACAGAGGAGACAUCUGGCAAACCGAAGAGCAAGCUGCUGAACAAGAAGCUCGCAAAGCUGGCUAGCGGCAAGCCGCCCAAGAAGGACAAGAGUGGCGUGGUGUAUUUAUCGUCUCUCCCGCCUUACCUUAAGCCUUUUGCUCUUAAGAACAUGCUCGAGAAGCGCAACUUCGGUCCGAUUACAAAGGUCUUCCUUGCGCCUUUGCUCCCGUCAGCCGCUGGCCAGAAGCAAAAAUCCAACAAGCGCAAACUCUACACAGACGGUUGGGUGGAAUUUAAGUCUAAGCGGACUGCCAAGCUUUGCGCAGAGACAUUGAAUGCACGAACUAUAGGAGGUCUAAAGUCCUCCUGGUACCGGGAUGAUUUGUGGAACAUGAAGUACCUCAAGGGAUACAAAUGGGCCAACCUGAUGGAACAGAUCCAGAUGGAGCGCGCGACGAGGGAAGCCACCCAGCGCAUGGCCGACCAGAAGGCGAAGCGCGAGGACAAGGUGUAUAUUUCUGGAGUCGAGUCUGGCAGAAUUGCAGAUGGUAUUCAGAAGAAGGAGGAAGAGAAGCGAAAGAGGCGAUUGGAGGCGGAGCAGGAUGAUGGUGAGGCUAAGCCUGCACAGAAGCCUGCUCGCAAGAUUAGGAGGACUUUCGAGCAGUCCAAGGCUGUGAAGAGUGAUGGAAAUCUCGCUGAUGAUACUCAGCGAGUGCUUGGAAAGAUCUUCUAA